AGUGUUUCAUGAGUAGUUGGACUGUGUGCGCAAGGAAGCUCAACUUGCUGGUUCUUUGAAUGAAGUUCUGUGAAGCCAAGUUAGCUCUCUGUGCUAUUGGAUACUUUUAAUUAUUGAAAAUUGUGGAAGUAGCUUAACCUGCUCCAAAAGAGUGCUCUUUCUAUGCAAUUAAGAAGCCAGUCAUGAAGAAAUCUUCUUUUGCAGGAAUUACAAGAACAGCAAGUGGAAAAUUGAGAAGGGCCUCUGACAUCACAAGUCCAACUUUGAAGAGAUCAUUUGAAGUCGAGGAAGUUGAUCAGACACCAAAUUCCUCUGUUUCAAGUAGGCGAGGUCCAACUCCUCCACUGAGAUCGACGCCAACAUCUGGACACCGAUAUCAAGAUUUGGGGUCAAGGUUUGCAGAUCCAACUUCAAAACAAGCAGAAGCGCCAAAUGCUAAAUCCCCAAAGUCAUCCGUCAAAAGAAUUGAAAUUACAGGACCGAGGCACCCAGAGCCUGUUUCUCGAAGAGCAGAAAUUUCUAUUGACCUGUCUUCAAAACAAGUCGAUGGUGCAAGCCAUGGUGUACCAAAGAUUGGUCUUAAAAGAGCCGAACUGCUAGGCCAUAAGCCUCCAGAAAUGGUGCCGAGGAGAACAGAAGUUUCUGGAACAAAACUGCAGGAGAUCACCUCAAGGAGAUUGGAAACCACAGGAAGCAAGCUUGCUGAAUCCAUUCCGAGAAGAACAGAAAGUUCUGGACCAUCCCUGAGUGAGAUAUCUCCAAAAAAGGUGGAGAUUCAAACACCAAAGCAUCAAGAAACACCAGUGAAACCAGUGGAAAAUUCAAUCUCUCCCCACAUUAACUACCAGCAGAAACAGGAAAUGCAGCUCGAGAGAGCAGUUACUGAAACCAAAGUGAAGAUUCAGAACAGAACCCACAUAGCACACACCUUGAGCUUUGGCUGCAGUGCAGAAAAUAGCUCGAUCAAGCCCAGCAUUAUGUCUGAAUCUUCUCGAGACGCUACCGUAAAGCAGUCCAUGCAAAAUGAGAAGCCAGAAUUUGAAAAUUUUGGAUAUGUGGGCAUUGAUUCAAUUCUUGAACAGAUGAGAAGGAAAGCUAUGAAGCAAGGGUUUGAAUUCAAUAUAAUGGUUGUAGGUCAGAGUGGUUUGGGGAAAUCCACGCUGAUAAACACCUUAUUCAAAUCCAAAGUUAGUCGUAAAUCUGUUGAAGGAACUGAUGAACGAAUUCCCCAAACAGUUGAAAUGAAAUCUAUCAGCCAUGAUGUUGAGGAAAAGGGAGUCCGCAUGAAACUGACAGUAAUUGACACUCCAGGAUUCGGUGAUCAGAUAAAUAAUGAGAAUUGUUGGCAGCCAAUCACAGAAUUUAUUAAUGAUCAGUACGAGACAUAUCUGAAAGAAGAACUGACUGUCAAUAGGAAGAAACGGAUCCAAGACACCAGAGUGCAUUGCUGUAUAUACUUCAUUGCACCAACUGGGCACUCUCUUCGACCCUUAGAUAUAGAAUUUAUGAGACGUCUGAGCAAGGUGGUAAACAUUGUUCCUGUCAUCGCAAAAGCAGACACGCUAACACUGGAAGAGAGGGCCAUCUUUAAGGAAAAGAUCAGAAAUGACCUUCAGGAACAUGACAUCGAUGUGUAUCCUCAAAGACAAUUUGAUGAAGAUGCAGAGGAUCAACUAAUCAAUGACAAAAUUAGAGAAAUGGUGCCUUUUGCUGUGGUUGGAAGUAAUCUCGAGUACCAGGUAAAUGGAAGGAGAAUCCUUGGCCGAAAAACAAAGUGGGGAACUAUUGAAGUGGAAAAUAUGUCUCACUGCGAAUUUGCCUGCUUGCGUGAUCUACUGAUAAGGACUCACAUGCAGAAUCUCAAAGAUGUGACCAGCUCCAUUCACUAUGAAGCAUACAGAGUUCAACGGCUGAGUGAGGGAAAUGAGUUUUCCAAUGGAAUAGCAGAAAAGGAUAUGAACAGCAACAUGUAAACUGUAUAUGGCUUUUCCUUCAAGCUGCUGAACUUAUCUGACCAGCUAAUAAUUUAGAUUAAAAGUAUGUGGUAGUGUAUCAGCACUGCUUGUCUUAAGAUAAUUUAUUCCACACUAUGCUAUUCUGUUCACAAACAAAUGACUAUUACACAUCACAAAACUAAGUGGUGCACCCUUGCCAUAUUUUUGUAUUGUCUUGCUUUUAUUGAUUAUCUUUCAGACUUGCAUGACACCAAAGGGGUUAAGAAAUAUUUUGCAGAAAACCACGGAAUUGAUUUUUGUGGAUGAGGUUUUUUCGUGAUUAAAAAUAAAUUGUUCAGGGAGAAGCUUAAAACAAAAUUGUUAAUUUGUGAACAGAAUGUUUUGGUGGAUUAAAAAUUGCUUUCAAUACUAUGGUAGUGCUAAAUCUAAAUAUGUGUUCUCCAGGACAAAAAGAACAGAAUGUAAUUGGCUCAAUUAUUACUAUAUUUAUUUCCAGUAUAUUACUAGCAUGUUUCAGUAUAUCAAAACACAGCCAACUGAGGUAUUCAAGAUAAUCUCAAAGGUCUCUUUGUUCUUUGGUGGCUUUAAUUAGAGAGGUGAAAGAUAACACAUUUAUAUUUUGUGAAAAAGUUGGUAGUGUGGGUGUUUUAAAAAAAACAAACUCUUUAAUGGUGUAAACAAUGUUUAAGAGUGAGUCAAAGACUGCUUCUUUGCCAAAAUAUGUAUUGCUUAAUGAAAAGCUAGUUUUUGUGAAGCAAAGUGAAAAAGGAAUGUCACGUUAGUCACUCAGUAUUUUGAAAAUGUAAUUAUAUUGAAAAUUGAAGCUUAUCUUUUGUCUUUCCUUGUAUGACCUUUAUGUCCAUUUUUUGGGGGUUUACAUUCAUUGUCAAAUUAGACUUUUUAUAUAAAAUAAAAAUGUUUGAUAUAUAUUUCCUAAAAUAAACAUUGCAAAUUUAAUGUUUUAA